CCCGGGCGGGCGGGCGGAUGAUGAACAGCGACAGAUGAUGACUUCGGUGCCGAGAAGAAGCUCGGAGAUCAAGACCCUCGCUGAGCGAGCGCCGCAACCAAAUUUGCCUUCCAGCUUCAGAAUCCACGCAGCCACAUUUCCUUGUACUUCUUUCUGUUUGUUAAAAAAUCUAAAGGAUUUAUUGACUCCGUCUGGGUGCGACGCUUGAAGGGGCGACGUUGACAUUUCUCAGGCUCGUCAGGCGCAACUUUUACGCACGGGCGCAGUCGGCCACGGGGCGUCCCGCGGAUCUCGUCGCCGUCACGCGCGCAACUUCUACGGCACGAUCCCAACAGGUUGCGACGGCGUCGAGACGCGGAUGAGCGCGCGCGCGCGCGCGUGCGUCACCGCCGACGUUCACCGGAGCGCGCGCCACCGAGCGAGCCUCGGACGUUGUCUCUGGAGCAAACGAGGAGCCGCGCCGGUGCCGAAAUGAGCGUCAACCGCCUCACGUGGAGGAUUUUACACCUGAUAUUUGCCGCUUUGACAACAGUCGUCCCUCAAGACUCCAGCACUGAGGAGCUGACUGACACCAAGAGCGCAGUGCCUUUCCCCGUCUUCUUGCCCGUCAGCUACGAGGUUCGGGAUGCGGACUACCUUUUCUUAAAGGAAGCAGGGCAGGACUUUAUGAGGAAUUUCAGCACGCAGAGCAGCACGCAGCCCUUGGUUAUUUUGCGAGCGUGCCGCCAGCCGGCCGUCAACGCGAGCUACGGCGUCGUGUCCGCGGAGCGGCUCGUGCCUCUGGAUCUGGUCCGGUCCGUGCAGCUCUUCAAUGCCCCGGAUGCCUUCACCUUCAACUGGAAGAUUCAGGCCUUUGUGCUGACGCCUCGAGUCUUCUCCAACAAGCCCAAAGUGCGGGUGCUCUUCUACGUGGCGGGGAGGGACUGGACCAGGGCGGAAGGAGCCGAGGAUGAGCUACCGUGUGUGACGGUCUACGCUUUCUGGCAGACGCAGGAGGUGAGGUGUUCCUGUGCCGUGGCAGGCGAGAGGGGAACCUGCGUGGCCGACCUGGACCUUUGCCCGGCCUGGUUCGGUCAGGGCUCCGAGAGCACAAGCGGCGAGAAACGGGACCCGGCCGCCGGUAACCUCGCAGAGCUCUACUACCAAGCGCAGCCCAGAGUCGGCGGCAACUGCAACACCCUGGAAGGCAGUCGUUGGGGAAGCUCACAACAACAGCAGGCGGAAUAUGUUCCCGCCACGCCCAUGCGGAGGAUCGGCAGCGUGCGUCUCCUGCAGGUGCCCAAAGGGAUGGCCACCCUGUCGCGACUCAAGCUCGGCAAUUCCAUCGUCGUACGGACGUCCUCCAAACCGCUGAAGAAGACCGACGUCGCCACCUUCUACAUCCUCAUGGCCAGCUCUGCUCAGCUGACUAACUUCACUCUUAGAGCGACAAUAACGAAUGGCGUGACCUUUCGUGCGGCAACAACAAGUAACGCUUUACUGUGGGACAUCACACCGGACACGGGCGCAGAUGGAGCCAUCUCGGUGUUUUGUCAGAGGAAGGCUGCCAUAGCGGGAAAAAGGCUUGAAGGCAAUCUGCUGGAGGUGCUUCAAAUGGAUUUUGAGGUGGAUGAGCUGAGCAGUCCCGCCGACAGUCAGGUCAUCGUAUGGAAGUUGGAGCUCCAAUCCAAAAAUGUGGCCAAGACGGAAGGAGCUAUGAGGAUCUACACCACUCAGAGAGACUUUGUCGGCCUGGCCCCUCUUAUAACGGACCCUGACGUCCUGAACACCGCAGUCCUGACCGGCAAGAAGGUGGCGGUGCCUGUAAGAACAGUCGCUGUGGAAGAGGACGGCCGGCUCACCGAUGUUUCGGAAUAUACGGAAUGCAGCUCUACUGAUGAAGAUGCUCUCAAGGUCUCGGACAGGUGUGACUAUGUUUUUGUCAAUGGCAAGGAGAAAAAAGGCAAAGUCAAGAUGGUGGUGAACUUCACCUACAGCUACCUCAGUGCUCAACUUGAGCUGAAUGUGUGGAUGCCGCGACUCCCCCUCCAGAUUGAGGUGUCGGACUCAGAGCUGAGCCAAAUCAAAAGCUGGAGGAUCCCUAUACUAACUUCCAAGAGAUCCGUGGAUGAAAAGAAGGCAAAGGGCUGCACGUUGCAGUUUCAGCACGCUCUGGUGCGUGUGCUAACCCACUUUGUGGCCGAGCAGGCGGACCCUCGGGACCCUAAAGCCUAUUUCCUGGGCUCUGACUGGCAGGUGGACGUAACAAGACUGGUUAGAUAUUUUAUGAAGGUGGAAGAUCCCCGUGUGGCGAGGCUGCAGGCGGGGAGGGUGCUAUCAGGCCGCGACAUCGGGACCACUGCCGUCCAGGUGUUGUCUCCACUUUCUGACACAAUCUUGGCAAAAACAACGGUGCAGGUCACAGAUGAAAAAGUGACCAUUACUGAACUGGGGGUCCAGAUGGUUGCCGGUCUCUCAAUGACCCUACAGCUCAGCCCAGGAAGCAACAGGGCCAUUCUGGCAACCACAACGACACAGGAAGUUCUGCGCUUGCCCAAACAGGAAGCCACGGUCAGUGCACGGUUGCAGUUCAGUGACGGCAGCCAGACACCUCUUGACAUUUAUGAUCCCGCCUUUUACCGUGUGACGGUGUCAUCCCUGGAUCAGGGCGUGGUGUCAGUGCGGGGCACCCCUCCAGCUGUGGUGGCAGAGGGAGAGGGCGAAGGGCUUCUGGUCCGGGUGGAAAUGUCCAUCUGCGAGGCCUGCCAGAAGUCCAAACGGAAAAGCACUGUCGCCGUGGGCAACGGCAGUCUUAAGGUCAAGUUUCAGGUGAAAAGUCGGCGACCGGACGGCAACGCCCGAGCUUCCGACGGCAGCGCCGUCGGCAAAACCGGCGAAAAAAAGAACAGCUUCAGAAAUGAUGGGGAAGAGAUGGAGAGGGACAGGAAGCAAAGGAAGCCAUCGCAGGUUCCUUCGUCGCGCAUCACAACAUCGGAGAGAGACGCCAGCACCUUGGCGGAGACCACAAUCAAAUCUACUGAAUGGACGUUCGGGACCAGCGGCAGCCUCGGGGGCGUGGGGAAACCGAGCACUUCGGGGAGCGGUCCCACCAGCACGGUCGGCGUCAGCAUGAAGAGCAGCCCCGGUGACGCCGGUCAAGCAUUGGACGUGGACAGUGUUCACUCCACAAGCACUGCGAAGGCUCCCGGUAACCUGGUCAACUCCAAUAACUUUCCCACGAAAAUUGUUGUGCCCGGACAAGAGUCUGUGGAGGUCGAGAUCAGUGGUGAGGAAGAUAUGUUGACGAACAGACCCCUUUCCGACUUAGAGAUUGGCAUGUAUGCUCUUUUGGGGGUCUUUUGUUUGGCCAUCAUGGUGUUUCUCGUAAAUUGUAUAUCAUAUGUUGUUAAGUUCAGACAUAAGAAGUCUCAGUCGCAUGGCCAGGAGCCCACAGGUCACAGGCAUGACUGGGUGUGGCUCGGUACGGACGCUGAACUAGUGAUGACCGUCCCGGGAAGUCCUGUUCAACAAGACUCGCAGACUAUGACCGCUGUGAUAGACAUCGGGCCUGAUAAAACUACUUCGCUGUCCAGAAGGCCCAGUUGCUUGGCAUCAGUCACAGACUCUCCUGUUAGCUGUGCGGGUUCAUUCAGGAGCAAACCGAUGCCCACAGAGUCCCUGCACUCGCCGACCAGCAAGAGGAAGCGAGUCCGCUUCACCACCUUUUCCACACUGGAGCGUCAGCGUUCGCCGCAUCUCCCGCUAAGGCAGAAUGGACACGGCAUCCACUGGGUCGGGAAGGAAGACACUUGUGAGGAGGGACCCCGAGUGCCCGUUGCACAAUCUCGGGACGGCUCAUAAUAGGGAGUCUGAUCAGAUCUCACGUUGCAGAAAAUGUGGCUUUGAUCGCCUCAAUGCCUUUGGUGACUCAGUGUCACAAAAAUGGGAGGGGAAAAAAAACACACAACCUUUUCAUUACCUGUCAAGGCCUUUUAGAUGUAUUCUAUAAUACUGUUAACACUGAAGAAAUGAGCCCGGUGUCCUACUUUACACAAAGAUAAAGCCACCAAAUGCUAUGCUGCGUGUGGAUAUCCAAUUCUUGAAAUGUUUGAACUUCCUCAUGACCAACCUACAUUACAGGAAUUGAAGAGCUUUUGAAAUGAAAUAUUAUAAUACAGAAACCAACAUGGGUUUUAAAUCCAUAUGAUAAUCACAAGUAGCGCUUUUCUUUUAAACAGUAGCCAGUUUUUAUUUCUUUAUAAUUUUAUAUUUUAUUUUAGCACACUAUAAAUUUGAAAUGUAUUAGGACUUUUUUUUGCCCAACACGAUUCUUACCUAAAGUAACCAUUGUUUUUUUUUUUUUUCUUGUUUUUUUUUUAGUACUGGGCCUUUUAAACAAAACAAUAUUAAAAUGUUCAAGUGUGCACGAUGGAGGUCAUAUUAUGUGCUAUGAAGUCUGUUAUGUUAAAAUGUGUUCCUAAUGUGCAAAUGUUGCCAUGUAUUUAAUCCAGGACACGAGUAGAUGAGAAAAAAAAAAAAAAAAAAAAAAAACCCAAUGCAGGUCAAUAACGCUGUAAACUUUUAUGUCAAAAGUAAAAAUGUAGAUACAUUAAUGCCUCUACAGGUCAAUCAAAAAUGACUUUUAACCCUUGCUAAGAACGCAUUUAUGGCAGUUUUAAUUAAGAUUUGUUGUGAAAGGCAGCUGCUUAUAUAAUAUGUACAGGUAUGAUUGGAAUGUAUAUAUAUUUUUUUACCUGCAAUGAAUAGUAUGUAGCCUACUGUAUGUCUAAGCAGAUGUUGCCCGUGUGCUCGGUGGAAAGGAAUCCUUGUGCCCCUUCAAACAGGCGCUUUCUGCACUUGAAGCAAAAAGUGGUGGCGCACAGAGUGGACAUAAAAAAUAAACGAGUGCUUUCAAUUCAAAUUAAGGCACGGAGAACGCAGUACACCAACAUUUGACUUUAUUAAAUCUGAAAUAAAUAGUACACUUUCAAAUGUAUAAAAUACAUGACUGUAGCAAACAAACAUUUUUACAGUUUUAUUGCCUCAGUCAUCCCUUUUGGAUCCAAGCGCCAAUACAAAAAAAUAUAUUUUGCUACGUUUACAGCAUGUCCUUGUAAAAUACAGCAGUGUUUAUUCGAAAUAUAUCCACCGAUGAAAAACUCUUAUGCAUUGCCCAAAUCCAGCCACAUCAACAGCGUCAUUCAUACGAAACGAAAGAAAAGAGCACUAAACAUACAGAAAAUAUUUGCGUGAGUGUGGUCACGGCCGACGUCAACGCAGGAGUUGUGAGACGUGGCCUCAGUGCAGCGUGUCCAGCAACCUCCGGUAGGUUUCUCGCUCCUGUUGCAGGCUGUGAUGCUUCCCCACGUAGACUUUUCCAUUCCUUAUCACUCGCCGUCUCAGCUCAUGAUCUGACAACAGCCUCUGAGACUGACGUACAAAUUCCUGGCAGGGAUAAAGGCACAAUUAAUCUCGUUUACUGCCGAAUGCCACUUGAAGGCUGCCAUUGAAGUUGCCUGAAGAGGUUUUGAAAGCAAAGAAAUAUUACAAGACGUGAGACUAGAAUGCAGAUAAAAGUAUUUGCAUUGAUAAGUCAGUACUUCAAAAGGAUGGAGCUAUUUGUCGCCCCCAGGCUCAAAUCAAGUCCAAUGUGCUUUUUCAGCUUAUCCUAGAAUGGCUGUCACUUGCAAUUUUCUUAUGAAGAACGAACUCCCAACUUUGAACACCAUUAGCCACCGUCUCUUACGGAGACCUGCUGGGUGGCAGAGCGAGGAUAAAAACAUGAUCAAUGCUUAGUGAAGGCCCCGUUACUUGACAUAUGGCGUAUCCACACCGCAAUCCGUGGACCUAAUGGCUCAGCAGACUGAGACGCACUCCAGCUCAGCCCACAUCGCGGCUCACGUGAGGUCCUACAGUCCCUAUUUCAAAUUCCUCUGGUUGGUAAUAUUCUACUUUUCAAUCCCAGUUUCGCUCUGGUGUAUCUGUCGGAAUUACACAAAUUGCAAGUCCAGUACGUUUCGCGUUGAAAUGGCUAAACGCUAAGAGACUGUCAAAGAUAAGGCAUAAGCUUGUCAGCAGAAAAUAGUUGGUGGGGUGGCAGCAGUAGCUUUUUGGCUAAAGUCUCUGCAGUGUGAAUCGUAUGUGAAUCGUAUCAAAAAGCUUAACAUGCGAUCUGUGCUUUUGCUGUAUACCUGAGGGGAAGAGUAUAGCAGACCAGUGAUGUCGUGUUGUACCACAGCUUUAUUUCCCGGAAUGUCCCUGGCCACCACAGGUAGCCCCAGAUCCAUUGCCUGUGGGACGACAAAGCAUUAGAUUCAAGAGUCGCAGGUCAUUGCAAGAUUCCUCACCGGCACAAUAGUGUGUGUUGUAACUGGCGGCUUAUUUGCGUUGUUAAAACAGAUGAGGAUCCACGUAUGGGUCAGGGGAGCAUUUCUUGUCCAUUCAUCCAUAACAAAAACACCUGGCCAUUAUUAAGAGUAAAAAUCUGCAAAUGAUUUGUUAUUCGCUGCUAAUUUCAGUCAAGCUUGAAAGUGUUCAAUUCAGAGCGAGGGCUUCCUUCUUCUUCAAAACCUUCUCAGAGCAUGGCAAUGUAAUAAUGUUACGCUAAUGUUUCCAAAAACAUUUAUGUUCAAAAACGUUUUCUUUUAGUCAGUUUCGUUCACGUUUAUCCUGUUCGGCCAAUGACCUUCACGUUUGGAAUGUUUGAGAAUGUUGAACAUUCAGUAACACCUAUUUGUUUUGAUUUAGGUGGAUUUAUGUACAUAUUUGAGCUUGUAUGUAGAAUUCAGACCCUAUGUGGAUUAGAGAAAAGCAAAAAUGAAUUCAAACUUGUGUAGCUAAAUCUUGUUUGUAGAACACAUUGAAAAUGUAUGUUGUAUAAUUAUCCCACUGGAGAAAAUGAAUGGUUCAGAUGCAUAAUAUUAAGCCCCAAAUUAAUAUGACAAUCUUUCCCAUG